UUUGGGUGUAAACAUUUUCAUUCAGCUUCAUUCGUUUCGGGACUUUGAUAUUUUAUUGCAUUAUUGCUUAAAUUAAAUAUUUAUAAUUAAUUAUUCGCGUUCAAACGGAUAAAGUGAAAAAGCGCUUCUAGAAUGGCGGACGUACGCGAUAUCCUCGAUAUGGAGCGGGCGAACACGCCGGAGGUGACGCGAGAAUCAUUUCUUGCACAGAAACGGAGAAACUUUGAAAAGGCCAAAGGCGUGUCAAAACGGCCGGAAGGUAUGCAUCGCGAGGUGUUCGCUUUGCUCUAUAACGACAAUAAGGAUGCACCCCCGUUGCUGCCCACGGACACAGCUCUUGGCAUUGGUGCUGGUUAUAAACAAGCAAAAGCGCGUUUGGGUAUGAAAAAAGUGCGUAAAUGGGAAUGGGCGCCUUUUAAUAAUCCAGCGCGCACAGAUGGUGCCGUGUUCCACCAUUGGCGGCGCACCACUGAUGACCAAAAAGAAUAUCCUUUUGCCAAGUUCAAUAAACAUCUUCAAAUACCCAGUUAUACCAUGACCGAGUACAACACACAUCUGCGCACGAAUGUACAAAAAUGGAAUAAAGCGCAAACAGAUCACCUAUUUGAUUUGGGCAAACGUUUCGAUCUGCGUUUCAUCGUUAUGGCAGAUCGUUGGGAUCGUGCGCAACAUGGCGUCAAGUCUGUGGAAGAUCUCAAAGAGCGUUACUAUGAAGUGGUCGGUCUAUUGAGCAAAACUAAAGGGCAAACUACUGACAAAAAACCAUAUGCAUUUGAUGCAGAACAUGAGCGUAAACGUAAGGAUCAACUGAAAAAGUUAUUCGAACGUACAACACAACAAGUCGAGGAGGAGCAAAUGUUGCUGAACGAACUAAAGAAGAUCGAAGUGCGUAAGAAGGAACGUGAGCGCAAAACGCAAGAUCUACAAAAGCUCAUCUCACAAGCGGAUCAACAAAGCGAUGCCGGCACCAACGUACAAAGUGCACGCAAAUAUGAGAAGAAACUUGUUAAGAAAAAGCUGCACCAUCAGCCGCGUCCCUCGAAAGUUGAUUCCGUUGUUAACGCUAUUGAGGUAGGCGGUAGUGGCAUAAAAUUCUCAGAUCUGCGCGGCUCAGGUGUUUCGUUGCGCUCGCAAAAAAUGAAGCUUCCAGCAAAUAUCGGGCAGCGUAAAGUAAAAGCAUUGGAACAAGCCAUACAAGAAUUUAAAGUUGAUCCCUCUCCACCACCCACCGAAGAUAUAUGCAAUUCAUUCAAUGAACUGCGCUCAGAUAUGGUUCUGCUAUGCGAAUUGCGCACUGCUUUGUCGACGUGUGUCUAUGAAAUGGAAAGCCUCAAACAUCAGUAUGAGGCAGCUUGCCCGGGAAAGACUCUGAACAUUCCGCCGUCAUUAAUACCAGCCGAACCCAUCAAACAAGAGAUGAUCGAACCUGGUACUUCCGGCACUGGCACAAGCGGUUGAAAAAAUUGCGUUUUAAUCUACAAAAAUCUAUGCAUUAUUAAAAGUGUGACGAAAUAUCAGCAAUACACAUAUUUUUUGCUAAUUUCUAUUGUGUCUAAUCAAAAAAACUAAAUAUUAAAAGUUUGUGACUCAAAAUUAAAGUGA